AUGAAGACCAGAUUUAGCAUUCUACUAGGCCUGGGGGGGUUAUCCUGCUGCAUGCUUGCAGAUGCUCUAUCCCCUUUCUAUAAUGACACCCGUGUCGACAAACGACAAUCGACAGACCGCUUGGUGUUUGCCCACUUCAUGAUCGGUAUCACCAGUGACAGGCACAGUGCCUCUGACUAUGACGAUGAUAUGAGACGUGCCAAAUCGCUUGGAAUUGAUGCCUUCGCGCUCAAUAUCGGGGUCGACCCAUAUACUGAUCAACAACUCCAACUGGCAUACGACUCCGCGGCCAAUAAUGACAUGAAAGUCUUCCUGUCGUUCGACUUCAACUGGUGGCAUAUAAGCCAAGCUACUGCCAUCGGCCAGAAAAUUGCACAGUAUGGCAGCAGACCUGCCCAGCUCAUUGUCGACAACAAGAUUUUUGUCUCCUCCUUUGCGGGCGACGGACUAGAUGUAGCGGCAUUGCGAGCGGCAGUCGGUCGAUCGAUUUUCUUUGCCCCAAAUUUCCAUCCAUCGUACGGAACUGACAUUUCUCCCGUGGAUGGUCUUUUGAACUGGAUGGCAUGGCCGAAUGACGGCAACAACAAAGCCCCAAAGGCUGGAAAAAGUGUUUCUGUUGCUGAUGGAGAUCGAGUGUAUGUCAAUGCUCUGGCUGGGAAGGCCUAUGUUGCCCGUUCGUAUAUCAAUGCUCACCUGACUCUGGUUCAUCGUCUUACUGACCAUGUUAUAGCUGUUUCUCCGUGGUUCUUUACUCAUUUUGGACCGGAGGUCUCUUAUAGCAAGAAUUGGAACUUCCCCUCCGACCUGUUGUGGUUCAAUCGCUGGAAUGAGAUUCUUGCCCUAAAACCGCGGUUCAUUGAGAUCGUCACAUGGAAUGACUAUGGGGAAUGCCAUUAUAUUGGGCCUUUAAAGUCCCCCCAUACUGAUGACGGCGCAUCAAAAUGGGUCAACGAUAUGCCCCACGAUGGAUGGCUCGACAUCUCAAAACCUUUCAUUGCUGCAUUCAAAGCAGGCGAAUCUUCUCCCGAUAGCCAUAUCUCUUCAGAUGAGCUGGUUUACUGGUAUCGGCCGGCACCUCGAGGUGUGGAUUGCGACGUCACAGAUACCUGCAUGGUUCCAGCAAACAAUGGCAGUGGAAACUACUUUAUGGGACGACCUGAUGGGUGGCAAUCCAUGCAGGACUCUGUCUUCGUGGUCUCAUUGCUCACAGCUCCCGCUACAGUCCAGGUGAACAGUGGCGGAAGCUUCUAUAGCUAUGAUGUACCAGCUGGCGCAAGUGCUAAAUCAAUUCCAAUGGGACUUGGUUCACAAAGCUUCACGGUAGUUCGUGACGGGCAGACAAUUCUCUCUGGCACAAGUCUGAAACAGAUCAUCAAUGGUUGCGUCUGUGGUCUGUAUAACUUCAACGCCUAUGCUCUCCCACUCCUCCUGGGGGUGGUGGUGGAGGAGGAGGAGGAGGAGGAGGAGGAGGAGGAGGAGUAUGUAUAUCUGGAUCCGGCUCUGACAACUAUAUCGGACUCUGUUCAUUUUGCUGCAAUUAUGGCUACUGUCCACCGGGGCCAUGCGAUUGUAAUGCGUGGGGGGAUCCAGUCCCUACGCCACCGACAACCGGAGCAAAUGGAGUACCCCUUGUUGGCGAGGAUGAUUCUUAUUUGGGUCUUUGUAGUUUUGCGUGCAAUCAUGGAUAUUGUCCACCUACUGCAUGUAGGGAGUUGUGAGUGGAAAUGA